CUGUCACUCAUUCUCCGAUCAGCGCGUGAACGCAGCUCGGCAGCCCCUGGCAGGAAACAAUUCUGCAAAAAUAAUCAUACUCAGCCUGGCAAUUGUCUGCCCCUAGGUCUGUUGCUCUGCCGCCGUCCACACUCGCUGCAAGGGGGGACACAGAAUUUACCGCGGCAAGAACAUCCUUCCCAGCCAGCAGAUUACAAUGCUGCAAACUAAGGAUCUCAUCUGGACUUUGUUUUUCCUGGGAACUGCAGUUUCUCUGCAGGUGGACAUCGUUCCCAGCCAAGGAGAAAUCAGCGUUGGAGAGUCCAAAUUCUUCCUAUGCCAAGUGGCGGGAGAUGCCAAAGAUAAAGACAUCUCCUGGUUCUCCCCCAAUGGAGAAAAGCUGACCCCGAACCAGCAGCGCAUCUCGGUGGUGUGGAACGAUGACUCCUCUUCCACCCUCACCAUCUACAAUGCCAACAUUGAUGAUGCCGGCAUUUACAAGUGUGUGGUCACAGGCGAGGACGGCAGCGAGUCAGAGGCCACCGUCAACGUGAAGAUCUUCCAGAAGCUCAUGUUCAAGAAUGCACCGACCCCACAGGAGUUCAGGGAGGGGGAAGAUGCUGUGAUCGUGUGUGAUGUCGUCAGCUCCCUGCCACCAACCAUCAUCUGGAAACACAAAGGCCGAGAUGUCAUCCUGAAAAAAGACGUCCGAUUCAUAGUCCUGUCCAACAACUACCUGCAGAUCCGGAGCAUCAAGAAAACAGACGAGGGCACUUAUCGCUGUGAGGGCAGAAUCCUGGCGCGGGGGGAGAUCAACUUCAAGGACAUUCAGGUCAUUGUGAAUGUGCCGCCCACCGUGCAGGCCAGGCAGAACAUCGUGAAUGCCACCGCCAACCUUGGCCAGUCCGUCACCCUGGUGUGUGAUGCUGAAGGCUUCCCAGAGCCCACCAUGAGCUGGACAAAGGAUGGAGACCAGAUCGAGGCUGAGGAAGACGACGAGAAGUACAUCUUCAGCGACGACAGCUCCGAGCUGACCAUCAGGAAGGUGGACAAGAACGAUGAGGCCGAGUAUGUCUGCAUUGCUGAGAACAAGGCCGGCGAGCAGGAUGCGUCCAUCCACCUCAAAGUCUUUGCAAAGCCCAAAAUCACGUAUGUAGAGAACCAGACUGCCAUGGAAUUGGAAGAGCAGGUUACUCUCACCUGUGAAGCCUCCGGGGACCCCAUUCCUUCCAUCACCUGGAGAACCUCCACCCGGAACAUCAGCAGCGAAGAAAAGGCUUCGUGGACUCGACCAGAGAAGCAAGAGACCCUGGACGGGCACAUGGUGGUGCGCUCCCAUGCCCGCGUGUCGUCUCUGACCCUGAAGAGCAUCCAGUACACGGACGCGGGAGAGUACAUCUGCACGGCCAGCAACACCAUCGGCCAGGACGCCCAGUCCAUGUACUUGGAAGUGCAAUAUGCCCCCAAGCUCCAAGGCCCUGUGGCAGUGUACACUUGGGAGGGAAACCAGGUGAACAUUACCUGCGAAGUAUUUGCCUUCCCCAGCGCCACCAUCUCAUGGUUCCGGGACGGUCAGCUGCUGCCAAGUUCCAACUACAGCAACAUCAAGAUCUAUAAUACCCCAUCUGCCAGCUACCUGGAGGUGACCCCAGACUCUGAAAAUGAUUUUGGAAACUACAACUGUACUGCAGUGAACCGCAUUGGGCAGGAGUCCUUGGAAUUCAUCCUUGUUCAAGCAGACACGCCCUCUUCACCAUCCAUCGACCGGGUGGAGCCGUACUCCAGCACAGCACAGGUGCAGUUUGAUGAGCCAGAGGCCACAGGCGGGGUGCCCAUCCUCAAAUACAAGGCCGAGUGGAGAGCAAUGGGUGAAGAAGCGUGGCAUUCCAAGUGGUACGAUGCCAAAGAAGCCAGCAUGGAAGGCAUUGUCACCAUCGUGGGGCUGAAGCCGGAGACGAGGUACGCGGUGAGGCUGGCAGCCCUCAACGGCAAAGGGCUGGGUGAGAUCAGCAUGGCCUCCGAGUUCAAGACGCAGCCAGUCCGAGAACCCAGCGCACCUAAGCUGGAAGGGCAGAUGGGUGAGGAUGGCAACUCCAUCAAGGUGAAGCUGAUCAAGCAGGACGAUGGCGGCUCCCCCAUCCGGCACUAUCUGGUCAAGUACAGAGCGCUGUCCUCCGAGUGGAAACCAGAGAUCAGGCUCCCGUCUAGCAUUGACCAUGUCAUGCUCAAGUCCCUGGACUGGAAUGCUGAGUACGAGGUCUACGUGGUGGCUGAGAACCAGCAAGGAAAAUCCAAGGCAGCUCAUUUUGUGUUCAGGACCUCGGCCCAGCCCACAGCCAUCCCAGCCAAUGGCAGUCCAACCUCAGGCCUGAGCACUGGGGCCAUUGUGGGCAUCCUCAUCGUCAUCUUCGUCCUGCUCCUGGUGGUCGUGGACAUCACCUGCUACUUCCUGAACAAGUGUGGCCUGUUGAUGUGCAUUGCUGUCAACCUGUGCGGGAAGGCUGGGCCCGGAGCCAAGGGCAAGGACAUGGAGGAGGGCAAAGCUGCUUUCUCGAAAGACGAGUCCAAGGAGCCUAUCGUGGAGGUUCGGACCGAGGAGGAGCGGACCCCGAACCAUGAUGGAGGGAAACACACAGAGCCCAACGAGACCACGCCACUGACAGAGCCUGAGCUGCCUGCCGACACCACAGCCACUGUCGAGGACAUGCUGCCUUCUGUCACCACCGUCACCACUAACUCUGACACUAUCACCGAAACCUUUGCCACUGCUCAGAACAGCCCCACCAGUGAGACCACCACCCUGACCUCCAGUAUUGCCCCACCAGCCACAGCCACACCUGAAUCAAACUCUGUGCCCGCUGGCCACGCCACCCCUUCCAAGGGGCCUGGGGUGUCUGCCUCCUCCCCUGCCCCAGCGUCAGCCCCCAAGGUUGCUCCCCUUGUUGAUCUGAGCGACACCCCAACCUCAGCCCCUGCCACUAGCAAUUUGUCUUCUAGUGUCCUGGCUAACCAGGGGGCUGUCCUCAGCCCAAGUGCCCCCACGAGUGCAGGGGAGCCCUCCAAGGCCCCUCCGGCCAGCAAGCCGGCCCCCAUGCCAGUCCCCACCCCGACCGGGGCAGCCAGUCCCCUAGCAGCAGCGGCGGCUGCCCCUGCCACUGCCACAGAAGCCCCCCAGGCCAAGCAGGAGGCUCCCAGCACGAAAGGCCCAGACCCGGAGCCCACCCAGCCUGGCACCACGAAGAGCCCUGCCGAGGCAGCCACAGCCCUCGCUAGCCCGAAGAGCGAGGCUGCCUCUGCCAGCGCCACAAACCCUUCCCAGGGCGAGGACUUUAAAAUGGACGAAGGGAACUUCAAGACCCCAGAUAUUGACCUUGCAAAGGAUGUUUUUGCAGCCCUGGGCUCUCCUGCUCCCGCCGCUGGGGCCAGUGGACAAGCCCCUGAGCUUGCUCCUUCCACUGCAGACAGCUCUGUCUCGCCUGCGCCAGCAAAGACCGAGAAAGGCCCUGCAGAAGCAAAGUCGGAGUGCCAGGAGACAGAGACGAAGCCAGCGCCAGCCGAAGUCAAGACGGUCCCCAACGACGCCACACAGACAAAGGAGAAUGAGAGCAAAGCGUGACGGGUGACGGGAACCUAGCAAAGAUCAAAGCAAAAAGUGACACAACAGCUUCACCAGAGCAUUUCCAGUAUCACACGGACACACACACACACACAUCUCAUUCUUCUAGCGUCUUUUGCCUUUAAAAAAAAAAAAAUAAACAGAUAAACAUGGGAUCCCCUUUUUGUAGGUUUAUAGAAAGGGUUCCUCUGUUGCGCACUCACUUGUAAGAAAAUGAGACAAAAAGGUUAAACCCACAGCCAAACUAGGACACUCCGUUCCCUGAAACCAUUUAAAACUCAAACAAAAGGACCCUGAAUUAAGAAUCUAGGAAGCUCGAAAAGAAAAAAGAAAAAAAAAGAUCUAGGUUCAGGAAGACCACACUUGGUGUUACCCAAUUGGCACAGACCAGUUUCAGAGAAGUACAGUUUCAGGCACUAAGACAGACCGAGUGAACAAAGUCCACAGUUUAUUUUUAUACUUUCAGUCGAGUUCGAACUCUGUAAAACCUCAUAAAUAAGUUAUAAUUUCUGUUCACUUUGUAUUUGUUCAGUAUGCAAAGUGUGCCACCCUUUCUAGCUGAAUUCAGUUCCCACGUAGACUUGCUUUGUAGGAAGAAUGCCAAAUUGCAGCUUCUGGGGGUAGAUCUCAAUUUGCAGUAUUCAGACUUCUUUUUUUCUCUUUUUUUUUUUUUCUUUUUGCUUUCUGCCAACUUUGUUUUCAGUGUUUACAAUUUGACAAAUGUUUGACUUCAGUUGUGUUGAAAUGUCGGUGUGAAACAGCUGCCUUUUUGGUUUUGAAUACACGUAACAAAUACCGCCUGGAGGUAGGUAGGAUCAUCCCGGGCUUGCUUUAGCGCAGGACAGUGUUGCAAACUGUUUACAGUGGCUCUUCCCCCAUUGUGAUCUAUGGUUUUUGCCUGCUUCCAGCUCCGGUGAAAAUCCAUCUCGUUCUGCAAUGGUUUUGCUUUAGAUUUUUGGUUCUUUUUCUGUUGUUGUUCCUUUGGGGGUUAGACCACUUUCCCAUUAGCCGCCACCUGCCUGCAUGUGUGAAAAAGGCAUUCUCACCCGCUUCCUUCUGAAGGACUCCUUAGGCUUUGUUGAAUGAAGCAGAGAAGAUUGUAUAGUUGGGGCUGGUCUUGGUGAUCACACAUUUUUACCCCAAACAUCCCCUUUUGUGUAGAAAGCCAAAUAAAACAUAUACAUCCCAUUUCCUUUUGAGCCCAGAAUCUAGAUUUGAGCGGAAGACCAUGUGUGCUUCAGGGAAUUAGUGUCUUUUUUUGGAAAUCUGUUGAAGUAAAGUUACAUCGGCCUUCUGUUCACUUAGGCAGCAUUUAUAGAAACAAAAGAAAAAAAAAAAAAGCAACCUGUCUGGAGUCAUAACACAACUUUCCUGGAUUGGAAACCAAGUGGGGGAAAAAAAAUACAGAAACUUUUAAGGGGGAUGGGAGGGGGGAGAAGGGAAAAGCCAGCCCUUUGUAUAGAAAUUUUGCUUUUUUUUCUCAUUCUACUUUAGAACUGCAAGCUUGUGCACUGUGGAUGCGUGAAUAUUUUAGUGUGAAACGUGUUUUUGUCAUAGUAUUGAAAUAAAACUUCAGCAUAGUUUGGUUGUGGAAGGUAUAGCAGAUAGUUCAGAAGAAUAUUCAGGAAACAAAAAUAACUCUUAAAAGGAAUCGAAGCCUUUAAAUAAAGAAAUACAAAUGCUUAUGAUGAUGAAGAUGACGCUAAGCAAGCAGAAAUCGGUACUCCGGCACGCGUUCCUUUCCUAAGGUACAAAGCAGCAAAGAGGUUAGGGUGGCAAGACUGCCCCGAGUCCAUUCUGUGGGCCACACUUCCCAAUGUUCUGACACUUCUGCAGUCUGAUCAGUGGCGAUGCUAGAUUAUAAUUUCAAACUGUGAAACAUAAUGGUCUUGUCAUUUGCUAAAUGUGGGGUUAUUUUGCAUUUUCUCAGCUCCUGGGGAUGGAAAUGGAGGAUUCCAGAAUACACAGCCCUGGCCCCUUUGAUUCCAGGACCUGUGCAGAUUUGCAUUUCUAAUGCGCAGGCCCUCAGGAAAAGGCAACAGGAAGACAGAUCUUAGAGAACACAGCAGAACGUGAGAGACAGGGAAGGCCCGGCGGUGAGGGGCGGGCUCUUCCGGUCACAAAAUGGUUCAGUGGCACCGGUUCCUCAUCCUUAGGAUGUUGAUGGCUUUGACCAACCAGGCCAAGCCCGUGCCAUAGCUCAUCGACUGUGCAGUACCUUCCAAGUGGCUGUGGUUAGGCAAACUGAUUUUGGUUCUGAUGGUUAGGAAGAGACAGAGGUAUAGUCAGCCCUCGGACAUGCUGGCCCAGGGCAGCUGAACCCCCAGAACCCUGGCUCCACUGUUAGCUGGAACUCAAGACUCUGCCCACCUCGGUCUGCCUCUCUCCCUUGACACAGAGGUUUGUCUCCGCAUGCAUGAGUUUUCCUUUU